GCGCGCCCGGGCCUGCGAGCGCGACCUCCCGCGCGGGUCACCGUGAUCGCCCUCGGCCGCAACAUGGCCCUGAAGGCCGAGGGCGCCGCGCUCGACUGCUUCGAGGUGACGCUCAAAUGCGAGGAAGGCGAGGACGAGGACGAGGCCAUGGUGGUGGCCGUCAUCCCGCGGCCCGAGCCGAUGCUCAGAGUGGCCCAGCAGGAGAAGCCCCCACUGCCCAGGCCCACCCUGCUUGAGGCCAGCAGCGAUGGCUAUGAGGAACCCAAGCAGCAAGUGUCUUGGGAACAGGAGUUCCUGGUGGGGAACAGCCCCGGAGGCAGCGGGCGGGCGCUGUGCAUGGUGUGUGGGGCCGAGAUCCGGGCCCCCUCAGCAGACACAGCACGCACACACAUCCUGGAGCAGCACCCUCACACCCUGGACUUGAGCCCAUCCGAGAAGAGCAACAUCCUCGAGGCCUGGAGUGAGGGGGUGGCCCUGUUGCAAGAUGUCAGAACUGAGCAGCCGUCCCCGCUCAACUCAGACUCAGGCCAAGACAUCGAUGGAGACCCAGACAACAGUGCAGACCCUGCCAAGAUGCCAGCUGAGAUUGUGGUUCUCCUGGACUCUGAGGACAACCCAUCCCUCCCCAAAAGGAUUCGGCCCAGGGGACUCCGCCCCCUCGAGCUUCCUGCUGCCCCUGUCAUGGAGCCUGGGAGCAAGAAGCUUCGUGGUCAGAGAUGGAAGGAGCCUCCUGGGGAUGAGCCAGUCAGAAAGAAAAGAGGCAGGCCCAUGGCCAAAAACCUGGGUUUGGACUUGGACCUGGACCCUGAUCCUGACCCAGAACCCCCAUCACCUGACUCCACAGAGUCCACAGAGACGUUUGCAGCACCUGCUGAGGUCCGGCACUUCACUGACGGCACCUUCCCCCCUGGCUUCGUCCUCCAGCUCUUCUCCCACACUCAGCUCAGGACCUCAGACAGCAAGGACCCCCCCAAAGAAGGGGGCAUACCAGAAGGAGGCCUUUCCCAGCUGGAAAGCCCCCCUGCAGGCCUCGCGUCUCCGCAGCCUCCCGUGGCAUCUCCACAGCUUCCCGUGGCCACUAAGGGAUGUGCCGCCUCCGCUAGUGGUCUCCUGGCUUCAUUCUCAAAAGGGAGCCUUCUUUUGAGCCCUGUCUGCCCUGUGCUCAGACUACGCCUGCCUGGAGUUCAUUUGGGGUGAAUGGGCAAAGUCAGACUGAGGGGUUCAGUUUACUGAUCGAAGGAUGUAAGGGAUGGAGGCGCCGAGGAGGUAUCUCACUAGUGGGCAUGGAAGCUGGGGGUUGGCCUGGAAGCCAGAGGCUGAGGACAGCACAGGGGUCCCGGGCCCCGCCCUGGAGACACUAUCAGAAGUGGCGUGAGGGGGCUGCCUUUGUCCCUGAGAAACAGGCACUGUCAGGGGGUACACAUGGGAGGCGGUGAGGCAAAAAGACUGUUGGGUGCCCACAGUGCUUCUGCACUGAGCAGAAGCCCCAGAGGAGUGGAUUUAGGAACCCGAAGCUUAAACAGAUUUUUUCAGGAACCUUUGAGGCUUUGACAAGUUGUCUGUGCUCUGGGUCACUUGAUGUGUUCAAGUUCUAGAAGAUUUUAUUUGAAUAAAGGUCCUAGCACUUAAAAAAAAAAAAAAAGUUUAGAAAUCAAGGAUUUAGAAGCUGGAAAAGGUCACUGUGGUCAGGCCAACUCCCUGAUAGAAAUGGGUGUGAAGCAGUCAAUGAAGACCUUCUGGAACAAUCCAAGGGUCUUAGAGGAUGAGGGUGAGGGAGGGUGUCCAGACCAGGAGAGAAGGGAGUCCUGAGGAUCCCCCCAGAGAUAGUGGGGAAGAGCCCAUCCGUUUUGAUGUUUAAGUGGGCCUUGACUUGGGGCCCAGCUCUGGGGGCCUGGGCUGGACACAGUGGGCCUCCCUGCUGGAUCAAGGAAUAGCAAGGUGCGCGUUAGGGAGGGAGCACAGGACCUUGCUUUUGAGGGCAGGUCUCAUCUGCGCUGUCUCCUCAGCUCCUAGCACAGUGCCUGGUGCAGAGAGCGCUCAGUUGGGUCUCAUGCACGGGUGGAGGCAGCCUCCCCCUGCCUGUACGAACAUAGGCUUGCACAAAUGUCGGGAGCAGACAGUGUGACCCUGGGGGAGCACAGGCAUUUGGGCAGGUCUGGGUUGGGGUGGUCUGGGCCCACAAAAGUUCUGGCUUGUGCUUUUGUGCCCCUGGUUCUUUGAUCAUGUUUUCUGGAAAGAUGACUCUGCCUCUUCUCAGGCCUCACUCCUGCUUACACCCCACUGCCUCCUGCCCCUACCAGCAAGGUCAGCUUUUAAUUUCCUUGAAAGCACCUCACUUAGAAAGCUCUUUCUGUGCGCUGAGCUCCUUCAGACGUUACCUCCCACAGUGGGAUUCCCAUUCUAUUGGGAAACUCGGUGCGCUCACCAAGGAGCAGCUCGAGGCUCUUCUCUCCCACCACCAGCUUUGUUCUCUCUUCUGGAUCUCCCUCCACAAAACUGACUUCUGUCUCCAGCCACUGUCCUGCUUGUCCCCCAACCUUUACAACAGAGUUGGAGGCACAUUCUCUGUUAACUGCCUCCGGCCUCCAGCCACUUAGGGCCAUUCUCAUCAUUUAUCCAGAACCGCACGCAUCCCCCAGCUCACCGGUGUCCCAACCCCUGCUUUUUUGUCAAGGUCAGUGGACUCGCACCAAGUGAAAUCGAGCAGUCAGUCCUUAGCCUUAGCCCCUCCUGGCUGCAGCCCCUCUGCGUGGGAGGUGCCCUCCGCCUGUGGCCUCGCGGGCCCCAGUGCCCUGCUCUCUUCUGCCUCACUGGCUGUUCUUGUUGCUGUUUCCUGUAGUCUUAGCUGCCCAUGUUGGCGCCUUCUGUUCCCUCAUCCCCUUUCUAGCUCUCAGGCUCCUUCAGGUCGGGAAGAUGCUGUGUGUCCCAUGGUGAUACACCACGCCCGGCACGGAGCAGGUGCUGUGUCUGCACAGAAGGGAAGAGACGACCCAUUGCCCUGGCUGCAGCCGAGCAUCUCGCUCCCAUGUGAUCUCUUUAGGUCACCCUUUCAAGGGUGCGUCACGUGCUCACAAACCAUCUUUGUUCCCGUCACUCACCCCUGAGGUUGGACGUGUCUCUGGGUACCCACAUCUCUCCAGUUGCCCUGUGACCUCUUCAUGUGGUUGUCUGAACGACCUCAAACUCAGUGUGUCCAGACUGAACCCCCCCUUUAAUCCCCACAACCCAGCCCCUCUAUGUCUCUUCUAUCUUCCCUUCUGCUUUUCUUAAGAAUUCCUGUGCCAAACCCUCGGAAUCAUUCUCCUGUCUCUUAAAUCCCCACAGCAAAUCCUGUUACCUCAGCACGGAAUUGUGUCCUUGUUCCCCGUCCUGGCUGAUUUUUACCUCCACCCAUAUGGAACAUAUUUCUGUACCCACCUAACUUAGGGCAUCUUUUAGCUGUUCAUCCUGUGCCUUGGUUCAACCAAUGUUACGUAAAUUCCGAGAGGAACUGGGCCUGCUCCAGCCAGCUGCGCUCGUGGCAGCUAGAACACAGCUGGACGCCAUGUGCGUGCUCCGUGGCCCCCACUGUGCUAAGAAACAAGAGUGUGGUUUGGCCUUCGGGGAGCUUGCAGGGAGAUAAGCCCCUGGUCUGACCCAGCAGUGGCUUCUACGUCAUUUUAAGCUACCUGGCUGGCGAAAUCAUAGUUUCUUCUACAUUUUAAGUUAUUGUGUCUCUAAAAUCAAGGUAGAGUGAGAUCCCCUCCAACGCAGACCCUGCAACAGUUCACACACACUUUGAGGUUUUGCCUUCAGCAUAAGGGCUAUGCCGUAGCCCCCGCGUGACAGGCCAUGCUGCCGACUUGAGGCCUGGUUUUGCCCAUAUCAAGGAGCUUCUCUACUCCAAUAGCACGAACUUGACCAGGGCAGGGAGGGUGCUGUGACCCUGGGAGAGGAUGAGCCAGCUGGGGUGCACGCUCCUUCUACCCACCUAAUCACUCAGGGACUCCUGUGGGCAGAACCCCAUCUUGCUCUGCACUGAGCAUUCCCUGCCUGUCACCUCUGUCCACACUGGGCAGAGCCCUGCUGGCUGGGACACCCAAGUUUUAGGUGGACCAGAGUCUACAGUGAACUGCGGGGGGGACAGGCUGAGCAGCCACAUGCCCAUAGCAGAGGGUGCGGGGCGCUGACUGUCAGGAGGCCUGACCUUGACUCCGGUUGGCUGUGGUCCUGAACCAACCCAGAGUGAGCCUCCCACUGCUUCCCCACCAGGCGCUGGUCUGUGGGAAGGGCAGGGUUACAGGGAAAUCAGGACUGUCCUCGGGGUAUCUGGAGGACCUGACUCUCUGCUCCUACCCUGUGCAGCUCCCCCUCCGGGGCUUCGAGGGACACUGGAUCUCCAGGUCAUCCGCGUGCGGAUGGAGGAGCCUCCGGCAGUCAGCCUCCUUCAAG